GGCAGUGGAGGGGCAGACAUGACAUCACGAGGCCGAAGGAGACAGCUCGGCGCAGUUAUCGUUCGGCUCUCACCAUGUGCGCACGUAGCGGUGCAGUGUGCGCAUAUGUCGCAUUGCUUUACAUUCUAGUAGUGAAUGGAUGUCCUGAUAACAGGAUAAUCCGUUAUUAUAAAGAGCUUGGCUGUUCACCCGUACCAGUUAAUAGCCAUUGUCCUACCAGCUUUGAUUGUGGUGAAUGGGAUAAACAAGACAUUGAAAAAUGUUGGCUGAAAGGUAAACAGUACAACAUUGGAGAGGAUGUUAGACCACUGGAUGAACCAUGUGUUCAUGAAUGUUCUUGUAGAGUUGAUGGAAAAAGGGCAGCUCUGAGCUGUAUUUCCAGUGAAUGUCCAGAGCACUUGUUUGAUGUGGAAUUGCCAAAAGGUUGCUAUCAUACACAUGAGUUGGACACCUGCUGUGCAUCGGGUGAACUUUGUGCAAACAAUGGCACUGAGCUGAUACGGUGUCACUAUGAGGGGAAGGAUUACUACGAAGGUCAACUUCUGUACAAUUCUAGUGAGCCUUGCAAAACAUGCAUCUGUGACAGUGAAUUUAAUACUAAACCACGAUGUCGUGAAGUCAGUUGUGGCCUUGAGCUUCAUUGGGCAAUUGAGUUACAGAAGGGAUGUGCACCAAUAUUCUAUGGAAGUCAAACAUGCUGUCCUAUAGAAUGGCGUUGUCCUCGUUAUGGAGACAGAGUAAUUCACAGGAAAACAAAGAAGCCCUCAGCAUCUGUCAAUUCUACAGGAACAGUGUGUCACUUUGGUGGUAUUCAGCUUCAAAUAGGUGAAAUUUUGGUGGGUCGUGGUGAAAAACGUGGCUCGUGUCAACAGUGUAGCUGCCAGCUACCACCACAUGUCACAUGCAUUCAAAAGAGCAACUGCAAAAGCAGUCCAUGGAGUUCCACAAAGACUCUUGAUGAUUGAGAGUGUGUGGUGUGUUCACUGGUGCAGUGUGGGGAAGGACAAUCAGCCUUACUGUGCUCCAAAACUGCUAUCUAGACUGCUGAAUAUGCUGCUAGACAGCUGAAUAUUUCAGACUGCUGUGGGUUUUGGUAACUUCAGUACAGUCUAAACUAUUAAUAAGUGAAAGGUGAUUUUCAUUCAGUUAAUAAGUUGUGUAUUCAAGGAGACUUCUAAUUAUUUUGACUGGCAAAUAUCACAGUAUUUGUAAAAGCAUUAAAAGUAAUUUGUUUAGCCACAUACUUUAUCAUUAUUAUGUCCAAUCUAGACACUUUUAUUCAGGAAAAAGUCCUGAUUUGACAAAAUUUCUUGUUUAUAGAGCAUAGUUUUCAUAUUGUUUAGUGAUUUCAACAUUUAAUAGUUUGUAUUCACCUUGAAGCGAGAAAAUAAGAAAUUACAAUAUGAAUUUUAAUUUACAUGCAAAAGUUAUUCCAUGACUGCAUUGUUAGAGAUUUUUGUAUUGUUGUGUACAUACAGUUACAGCAAACAGCCAUAUUUAUUACCAUAAAUAUUAAUGAGUAGUUGUGGUACAUGCUGUUUACCUGAUUUACU